AUGCCGGUCGAGAUCCCUGGCUUCGUCUACGACGCCGCGCGCGGACGCUACUUUCGCGUACAGGAGAACCAUCAGAACACGCAGCACGUGGCGCUGCGCAGCGUUCCUGGCUCCGGUAACCGCGGAGAAAGCGCGGGACAACCUUCAGGUGAGCGGCAUGCGGGUUCUCUGCCGGUCGACGGUGGGAGAUCCAGGGGAGGUGUGGGAGCACGAUACACGCGCGAGGUCGUUGAGGGACAGAAACGCAUAUGGGCCGGGGAGGGGCGGAAGAAGCGAAGGCGGAAAGACAAGGGGUCGUCGCAGCCGCUAUCGCAACCGCAGACGACACCGUCGCAGGGUGGAGUGGAGGGAGGGCGACAGUCUGCACCGCACAGGAGAGGGUCGGCGAAGCAUGCGCCCGACAGACAACGCCAUUCUACAAGGAGGCUCAGCAGUGAGCUAGAGCUGCAGCUGCGUUUCCGUCACCGCGCCGCGAUAACCACUGGAACCUCAGUUGAGUCUCUGAUCAAACAGCGGUACGCAGCGACGCUCGAGCCCCGCAAGGGGACAGCGUCAGCCGGCAUGGUAGGCACCUCGGGCGUCUUCGUCGUCGAUCCCGUGAGCAAAGAGCUCUUCACCAGCGCGCAGCUGGGCCGUGGCCGUGGCGAGGAGUUCUGCGUCACACCGUAUUCGGACGCAGCCACAAGUCCAGAUGAAGAGCGGGAGAACCAUGGACCUAUUGCUGCUGCGGCGACAACAGACGAUGAAGAAGAGGCGGCUCCUGCUGCCGCUGCGCACUACAACCGUGCCAACACAAUCCCCAUCUUCGACUCCGCCCCACUGAUAGCAGCCGCGACCGUCGCAGACGGAUGCGUCGUAUGGGUCACGCGCUCGCCGCACGACCCCACGAAUCAGCUGCAGCACAACAUCGCUGGCGUGCCAGGCGCAAGCUCGGAUCCGAUCCAUACAUCAACGCGCUACGGUGGCGGCGGCGGCGGUGACGGCCCACUCGGCGGCAUGCCUCCACUGCCGUGGGCACGGUGGCGCGACGACUUCGGCGACUGGGGCACGCAGACGAUGGAGCAGAUCGACACGCACGUGUGGGAUGUGGCGGGGAGUCCGGCAAGGGAUGGGACAGUGGUGUGGGCUUCGAGUCGGGGAGUGGUGGUUCGGAGCCUGGGUGGGGCUGGCGACGGGGCCUAUCCGGGGGAUGUGGUGACGAGGAGGGUGGGGGAAGCCAGGGAGGCGAUGUGCGUGGGCUGGAAGGAUGAGAACGUGUGGGUGACGGGGGAUAGGGAUGGGAGGGUCGGGAUGGGGGACGUUCGAGUGCAGCUGAAAGGAGAGGGCGUGGUGGGGAGGCUGAGGCACGGGAGCGGCGCAGUGAGUCGCGUGCAGGGCAUGGGAAGUAGGUGUCCGUGGGGAGUGCUGGUCUGGGGGAUCACUGGAGCGGCGGUGUAUGACUUGCGGUGGACCAAGGACGUCCCUAUCGAGAGCACCUCGUUCGAGCGCAACGGGAGCAGACAGGGCAGGAAGAAACGACCGAAAUGGGCCACGCAGCCGCUCUUCGACUUCGACAUUCCGGAGAGCAGAAUGCAGCGGCAGUACGGCAUGGGUUUCGCGUUCGAUGCCGAGAUGGGCGCCGUGGCGGCGGCGUGGCCUGGCAUGUUGCGCAGCAGCCACGUUGGCCUGUGGGAUGUGAGUACGGGGAAGAUGCUGCCGGGGGGACUGGAGGAGAGGGUUUUUGAAGACUCGGUCGCGUGCAUGCAAUUUGUGGAUCUUGAGGGCCGAGGCGAGGGAGUCAAGAGUCUGCUGCUGAGCACGAAGGGGCGGAUUGAAGCUUGGGAGGUGUGA